AAUAUUUUCUCACACCAAUUUUUCAACUUCUUUCUUAAACAUCCAAUUAAUUAAUCCUAAGAUAUUUCAUUUAGUUUCCCAAUCUUUUCUUACCCCCAAACUUACUCAUGGCAACAAAAACCUCCAAACCACUUGCUUCACAUCCUACAUAUGAAGAGAUGAUUAAGGAAGCGAUUGCGGGGCUGAAAGAGAGAACAGGUUCAAGCCAAUACGCGAUUGCGAAAUUCAUCGAAGAGAAACACAAACAGCUUCCUUCAACCUUCAAGAAGCUAUUGCUUCAGAAUUUGAAGAAGAAUGUUGCUUCUGGAAAGCUUGUUAAGGUUAAAGGCUCAUUCAAGCUUGCUCCGGCGACGAAACCGGCACCGGCGACGAAAAAGCCCGCAGUCGCGAAGUCGAAAACAAAACCGGCUGCUAAGGUGACACCGGCGAAGGCCAAGCCAGCCGCUAAGCCGAAGGCGAAAGCUGUUGUUAAGGAGAAGGCUGAUGUGAAACCGAAGGCUAAGGCUGCGAGGACGUCGACGAGAACGACGCCGGGGAUAAAGGUUGCUGUUGCGAAGGCGGUGGUGAAGAAAGCUGUGGCGGCGAAGAAAACUCCGGUGAGGAUUAAGGAACUUAAAAAAGUGAAGACUCCAGCGGUGUUGAAGGAAGCUGUGGCGGCGAAGAAAACUCCGGUGAAGAUUAAGGAACUUAAAAAUGUGAAGACUCCGGCGGUGUUGAAAGUUACGACGAAGAGAGGUGGAAGAAAAUAGUUUUACCGUUGUAAAGUUUUUUACUGCGUAGUUAAAGUAUUAAAGUAUUAGAUGUUUAUUUUUCUUUCUUUCACAGAAUCAGUAAUAGAUAUGGGGUUUAUGGGAAUUAUUUUUUAAGUUUAGUUUAUCGAUUGGAAAAUCCUAUGUAAAUUGCUAGUGACUUGGUUGAAUGCAUGUUUGUUAACUUUAUGAAAUGGCUGGACAAUUAGUGCAAUAUACAUUAUUAGAUUUUCAUUCA